AUGAAAAAAGUAGAAAAUUUAGAAACCAUCUUUAUUGCAACAACUUCUAUUGAUGAUCAACCAAAGGUUGAAGAAGAAUUACUUGAGAAAUUGACACAAACAAAGAAUUGGGAUGGUCGUUUGCUCCACAAGUACAAAGGCUUUUGGUGUCCAACAAGAUUGGUUCUACCUUUAGUUUCCAUUGAAAAACAAUUCCAAUCAGAUUAUGAGAAUAUUAUUGACUUCAUUAUCUUAGCAACCUUGCCAAAAUCAGGUACUACUUGGUUAAAAGCUCUCAUUUUUAGCAUUAUUAAUCAUCAUGAUCAUCAUCAAAAAAGCCAAUUACUUACUUCUAAUCCUCAUGAAUUAAUUCGUUUCGACUUUGAUAUCAUGUACAAAACUCCUCCUCAAAGUUCAAUAAUUUUUCCAAAAAUAUUUGCAACUCACUCACCUUAUGAUGCUCUUCCUAGUUCAAUUCAACAAUCCCACAGUAAGAUUAUAUAUUUAUGUAGAAAUCCUCUAGACCAAUUUAUUUCUACGCGAUUUUUCGUUCUUGAAAAUAAUUUUGAGGGUGAAAAUGAGCCCUCAACAAUUGAAGAAGCAUUAGAAAUGUUCAUCAAGGGAAUACACCCUUUUGGACCCUUUUGGAAACAUAUGUUAGGCUAUUGGUAUGCAAGUUUAAAGGACCCUAAGAAGGUGUUGUUUUUGAAAUAUGAAGAUAUAAAAGGUGACACAUUAUUGUAUGUUAAGAAAAUUGCUGAGUUUUUGGGAUGUAGUUUUUCAAAAGAGGAAGAGGAAAAUGGAAUGAUUGAAGAUAUUGUAAGGAUUUGUAGCUUUGAAUAUCUUAAGAAUUUGGAAGUUAACAAGGACCCAAGUGGAGAAUUUAUGAAUGUGAAAUAUAGCUCUUUUUUUAGGAAAGGACAAAUGGGAGAUUGGGCUAAUCAUCUUACUAUUUCUUUGGCUAAAAGUUUUGAUGAAUUCUUGAAAGAGAAGUUGGGUGAUUCUGGCUUGACAUUUGAGAUAUUUACUUCAACUCAAGAGCAUGCACAUGAUGAUUGA